AUGGCUCCUAUCGGUGUCGUCACGAUCCUCGUCAGUGCCAUUCGAGUAGGCGGGCCACAGUGGCUCAAAGCUGUCAUCGGUCGAGGACGAGAGAAUACCGCUGAAGCGGAGAUGGAGUUGAUGUCAUCGACAUCAAAAGAGGUUUGCGAGCUCUUCAAUGGUUGGAGUUUCAUCCGGUGUCAAGGAACCGCCCCUGUUUGGGAAUAUAUUUGUAUUGUCCCUAAAAACGCCGAUCCCCGGAAGAAAAGGGCGUUGCAGUUCAUGACACUUGACGUUGCAGUCAACCGGGGCCUUUUAUCGAAACAUGGAAGAGGCAUACAACUCAAACCCAACGAACCGGGAAUUGUACGAGAUGAAACUACGGACCCCACUUCCACGCCCAACACAGGUAAUGCGACCGAUCGUACAUGGAGUGGCCUAAAUCGCUGGUUCGACCUUGGGACUCUUCGACGAGGACGACCGAAAGAUGCCAGAGAUGAGGAGAACCCAACAGUUACCCGCCCGGACGAUUCAACAGAUGGCAAAGCCGACAACAGACCCGGGGAUGAGAAGAACCAAACAGUUGAGAACCAGAAAGUUACCCGCUCGGGCGAUUCAACAGAUGGCAAAACCGAGACAACAGAAGAAUACAUCACCGUAAUCCGACAAAUCACUGACAACGCACCCAAUAUAACCCUCAAUCUACAAAAGAACAAUCUCCAAGAGACCAAUCGGAAAAAGACCAAUCUACUAAAGGCCUUUUGGCGUGGGUUGAAGAACCACUUUAGCCGUACGUUGAUCAAGUACGUUGCAGUGCUCGGGGUUUUGCUUCAAGCAGGAGUCCUGACCUUUUUCGGUUUUAUGAGCUACGACCCCAACCUUCAGCCUAAGUUCCAGAAAGACGGCAAGCCCGCCGCCUCUUAUGCCGUUAAACUAGCACUAAGCGGCACCAUCUCGUUGCUGAUUGGAGUGUUUCUCUGUGGGUUAGUCGUCGAAAGAAGCACAGAAGAGGAGGUUUAUAAAGCCAAGGAGGACCAUGAGAUCCGCGUUUACUGGAUUCAACAGAGCCAGACAGUCAGUGAUCAAGUCUUUGAAUCCUUUGCUAUAUUUCCGAAGCAAGAGCUCCGUCUUGAGAGCAUAACCAAGUCAACUCGGCAUCCAGAUUUUCACAACGCCUCAAAAGGCGGCAGGACGCCUACGAGUACAUUCGGUGUUCUUCGGACCCUGGCAGCUUCAUUGCUGUUGAAAAUUAUUCACCUUCUCUUCUGUAUCGGUGUUCCUGCGAGCAUCAGCAAGUCAAGUUGGUAUCAAUAUAUUGUCAAAGCCGCUAAAAACAUCAAGAUCAAAUUACAAGGGAUGACCAUUUUCGGUCUCAUUUUCGGUUUGUCUGGAUUCGUCAUCCAAUUCAUUGGUCUCAGAGCCAUGAAUUCGGCUGCGUCACUCACACAGCUGGGUGCCGUCGCCGUCAUGACCGCAUGUCGAGCAUUCGCCCGACCUGGGUACUCGAGUAGUUUUGAGAGAGAAAAGCUCCUCUCUGGAUUCGAACUCGACUGGUUAGCCUGGAAGCUGGUGACGGAGAAGAGAAAUGCUCCAACUGGUCAAGAAGGUGAACCACGAUCCAGUGAACAACCACGAUCCAGUGAACAACCACGAUCCAGUGAACAACCACGAUCCAGUGAACAACCACGAUCCAGUGAAACACCACGAUCCAGUGAACAACCACGGUCCAGUGAACAACCACGAUCCAAUGAGCAAUCAAAGUCUGACAAACCGAUUGCUGGAUCUUGGGCUGUGCUCAGUGACGAAGCGUUUAAGUACAAAGCUUUAGAGCCACUCACCAAAGAUGAUGGCAAAGAGACGGAAGCACACGAGCUACUAGUUGCACGUCGAGAGCUUUGCAAACUCGCCAAAUUUCAGGGUCAAACGUCGACAGAAGCCAUUAAUCUCGCCAUGGCAAUUGAGGCAGCUCUACACACUUUAUUUCCAGGAGGCCCUCCUACGUCGACUGCUGGGGAAUCUUCCAAAUCAGGCACAUGCCCUCCCGAAUCGACUGUUGAAUCUUCCAAGUCAGACAUACCAACUUCUAAACCGACUGCCAAGGGAUCUCCUAACCCAGACGCAUCACCCACUAAACUGACUGCUGGGGGAUCUCCCAACUCGAAGAUACCAGCUUCUAAACCGACUGCUAAGGGAUCUCCUAGCCCAGACGCAUCACCCUCUAAACUGACUGCUCUGGAAUCCUUCAAAUCAGGCGCAUCGCACAACCGAAAGCGCGAAGGCUUUCGUUGGCUGGUCAAUGUCACACACAGCGGCUCAGAUUUGACUAAUAAGCAAGAAACUCAAGAAGAAGUGUGGUUUGAUCUGAUAUACGCUGAUAAUUCCUGGCACGUGCUGGCAGACAGCCUUGAUGCAGCACUCUCACUGUGGGUUUACACACAGCAGCAGCCUGACAGAAUCAAGGAUAGAAACACCAACUGUGUGGGCAAAGAGAAUGACAAGUGGCUCCGUCGCAAAGUGCCACAGCCAUGUUUGAGAUUGAUUGAUCCGGGCAUUGAGCUCAAAGCACAACUUCUACAAGACCUGGAAUUGUGGGUACAAAACACCGAACCUCUAAUAGAGGUUGAAGAAUAUGCAGGCUUGAAGGAUGGACAGACACAGCCCACGAAUUCCAAAAAUUUCGACACGGCCAGAGUGGUUGGUUCAACCAGCAAAACGAAUACUCAAAUACGCCUCUUCCGGGUCUUGCGUCCAAGCGGGAAAACUCACACGACGACUCUUGCAAUCGAGUCGCGGGAUUCGCUCGAACACAUAUACGCCAAGGACCUCCUCUUCUCCUUCAUGUGCUCAGCUGCAAAGACACCUGGUGCAGCCAUCAAGGGUGGAGCUGAGUUGCAAACAACCGCUCCUCGCAACCGAGCCCCCAAAAAGCUUUGGCAUAAAGAGUUGACGAAACUGGCCGAAUCAUUUGGGUCGACAAGUUUUAAAACUAAUCAACAAGCGCUGAUCAGCAUCAUCGCGCCUCUUAGCCUGGGUGGGAUUCUGCCGUUUCCACACGCUUUGCUAGAAUCAAUAAGCAAUGAAGCUACAGAAUAUUGGCAAUCGGGAAAUGAAUUGGAUGCCUUUAACAUCUACCGUGGUCUUAUAAGACAAGUGGCCCCCUAUUCAGGGGGGAAUAACGGCGUUUAUGAGUCCACGUUAACAUUCUUAUUCGAAGUGCGAAAUGACUCCGCGUACCAAGCUCGUUCUCUGAUGACACGCGGCAAACCAGUGAAUCAACUCAUGCCCACUUUCGACACUCUCCUCCUUGCCGAUAUCGAAGACAGCAUGAAAAUGCAUAAUGUGAAUAAAGAAUUACUUUGCGAACUUGAACGGCUCUUCAAGAUGUCAAGGCGGCAGCUGAUUGCUGAUUUUUCAAGAUUCACUUGUCGAGGAGACAAGAAUUCUAAUGCAUAUGAUAACAUUAACAGUCAUCAUGGGCUCCCCACAAACACGUUUCCACGAUAUUUCAACCUCGCCCAAUCACACACUCGUGCAUUAGAGGGUUCAUUCACUGAGAAGCAAGUCGACAAGAGAGACUUUUGCGGGCGAACUCCAAUCCAUUAUGCCGCAAUGAACGAUACAAACUGCAAGGCUCUAACGAACUACUUCUCAGGAUACCGCAAGGAUGUCGAUAUCAACGUGAAGGAUCACCGCGGAUAUACCCCAUUACACUAUGCGUGUGAACUUGGUAGAAAUGAGAAUGUGCGUGUCUUCUUGGAUUUCCAUGCGAAGCUUGACAAUCAAGGCAGUGAUGGCAUGUAUCCCCUGCAUUUAGCAGCUCGCGAGGGGCAUGUGGAAGCAGUCAAAGCCAUUCUAGGCACAGACGCACACCAGAAAUUGACAGGCACACAACAGAGAUUGGCAGACUACAACGGUUAUUUGCCGGUACAUUGGGCUGUGAUCAAUGGCCACGCGGAGAUCAUACAGCACCUGGAGGCAGACAUUAAUGUGGCCAGUGCACAAAACGAGACCCCGCUUCAUCUAGCCGUGCUGCACAACCAAAAGGACGUUGUCAGGGAGCUUGUCAAGCUUCAAGUGAACAUGAAAAAGACGAACAAUGACGGCGAAACGGCCUUAUCGUUGGCCCGUGACAUGGGCAGAGUGGAAAUUGCUGAGCUGAUCGAGAAAGGCGCGAAUCCCAAACACGUCGGUUGA